CGACUUUCUAGUCAGUGCCUCAGCGCUCGUAUAUUCGUUCCCGCCGCCUUUCGGUCUCACCCGCAGUGCGCAGACUCAGUGUAGAGGCGCGCUCUGGUGACGUCAGAUGACAGCGCGGGCACGGCUGGCGGGAAAUAAACAUGGAAGUGGAGAUGGAAGACGUGCAGCAGGGAAGCAAGGGGCCGCAGCAGCAGCCGGUGCCCGGGGGGAAGGGGCCUGCCGGGACUUAUGAGCUGCCCUGGGUUGAAAAAUACAGACCAUUGAAACUAAAUGAAAUUGUUGGCAAUGAAGAAACUGUCAGCCGACUGGAGGUAUUCGCUAGAGAGGGAAAUGUUCCAAAUAUCAUCAUUGCUGGUCCUCCAGGAACUGGGAAAACAACAAGCAUUCUAUGUUUGGCUCGGGCGCUUUUGGGUCCAGCACUUAAAGAUGCUGUUCUAGAGCUAAAUGCCUCGAAUGAUCGAGGUAUUGAUGUGGUGAGGAACAAAAUUAAAAUGUUUGCACAGCAAAAGGUCACGCUUCCAAAAGGUCGGCAUAAAAUUAUAAUCCUGGAUGAAGCUGACAGCAUGACAGAUGGAGCACAGCAAGCUUUAAGAAGAACAAUGGAAAUCUAUUCCAAAACAACACGCUUUGCUCUGGCCUGCAACGCCUCUGAUAAAAUUAUAGAGCCCAUCCAAUCUCGCUGUGCUGUUCUCCGCUAUACAAAAUUAACUGAUGCACAGGUUCUUGCCAGGUUGAUGACAGUGGUGGAAAAAGAGAAUGUCCAGUGUACAGAUGAUGGCCUUGAGGCCAUUGUAUUUACUGCACAAGGAGACAUGAGACAGGCCUUGAACAAUGUGCAGUCCACACAUGCAGGCUUCGGAGUGGUAAACAGUACAAAUGUAUUUAAGGUUUGUGAUGAACCACAUCCAUUAUUGGUGAAAGAAAUGUUGCAGCACUGUGUAAAUGCAAACAUAGAUGAAGCAUACAAGAUUAUAGCUCAUCUAUGGAAACUCGGUUAUUCUCCAGAAGAUAUUAUAGGCAAUAUCUUCAGGGUCUGUAAAACUUUCCAGAUGCCAGAGUAUCUUAAGCUGGAGUUUAUUAAGGAAAUUGGUUACACUCACAUGAAAGUUGCAGAGGGUGUGAAUUCUCUUCUACAGAUGGCUGGACUUCUUGCUCGGCUAUGUCAGAAGACCGCACUGCCUACAAGCUCAUAGUUUUUUUUUGAGUUUUUCAGUACUGCUGUUAUAUAGCUGUUUAUAAAAAUAUUUUGAGUUGCGUUUUAUAUGUACUUAAUUGCUGAAUAGUGUACAUCUGAAUAAAUAUUUCCAUGUUUCAGAUGUAUAAGUUGGUUGGAUUUAUGA